GCCGAGGCCCGCCCCACGGCCGCGGCGCCGCCAUUCCACCCCCCGCCGGCCCGAGCUGGGCUUAAAGCAAAUUUGUCGCUUUGCGAGUUCAGCGGGGCUGUUUUGCUAUCCAAUUACACCCUUGUAAACAGGCUGUCUGCAUUGGUACGACAGUUGUAUUGACAAAACCCCAGUUGUGCAGGGUGCACGUGAGUUGGCAGUCUGGAGGAGAAACAGCAACGUUAGAGGAAACUUUUAGGCAGGCUGUUUUUCCUGCUGAUGGAGUGUGAAGUUUGUGUGAAAUUAUCACUCGAUGCCCGGCUUCCCCAGAGAAGACAGAAAGUGCUGAGAGCUGGGUCGUAGGCUUGCUGUACCAGUCGGUGGAGAUGACCAUAUGAUUUCAGAGAGAUUACCUUGGGAAAAAAACUGAAACCUGAAGUUUUGCCUUCUGAUUCUGAACCAGCCUUUCAACAAAGGUCAUUUUCAUUGUCUGUGGAGCAAAGCUGCACUCAGAGCUUGUGCUGAUGGAGGUGCUAAUCGUCUAUAUCACAUCACAGAAGGAAGCCAGGACAGUGACACCUGAGAUGUCUUUCUGCUGCUCUGGCAGUGUGAAGAAUCUUUUAGAAUCAGAAGAAAUUAUAAUAACAUUCUCGGAAAAGGACAGCUUGCAAUUUGGGACUCUUAUAGGGGUUUCUUCCUUUGGAGCUUUUUGCCUGAUUACAUCAGUGGUGAUUUUGAUUCCAUUCAGCCUGAAGUCAAGGAGUACUACAAGGCCAAGCCUUUGUUUUGCAUCAUUGGCUUGUCAAGGGUGUGAGUUAAUUGAGACCAUGGAUCAAGAUUUCACAGACUUCACCAAGUGCCUUCAGAUCCUCCAGAAAAAGAUAGAGGAGAAGGACCUGCAGAUCGAUAUGAUUGUGACUUUGGGUGGACUUGGAGGACGCUUUGACCAAAUUAUGGCAUCAGUGGAAACACUUUUUCAUGCAACAAAUAUCACUCCUUUUCCAGUGAUAGUUAUCCAGGAGUGCUCGCUGAUUUACCUACUUCAGCCUGGCAAGCACGAGCUGCGAGUGGACACGGGACUGGAAGGCGCCUGGUGCGGCCUCAUCCCCAUCGGGAACCCCUGUGACAGCGUCACCACCACCGGCCUCAGGUGGAACCUCACUAACCGGGUGCUGAAGUUUGGAACGCUCGUCAGUACUUCCAAUACCUAUGACAACUCUGGGAUUGUGACCAUCGAGACAGACAAGCCUUUGCUGUGGACAAUGGCUAUCAAAACAUAAGAUGAACUACAGCUGCCUUUUCUCAUCCAACUCACAUUUCUGCAAAAUUUCAAAUUUCUCUGAAUCAAGACUAAAACUGUUCCUAAAGGAAUAAGCAAACACUGAUCUUAUGUACUGAAUGGAAAGCAGGCCUGAAAUAAAUAAAAGUCACUUACGACCAAAUCAAGAUGAGUAACAACUGAGUACUUCAUUCCAGUACCUCACUACUUGAUCAGAAGACAUGCUGCCACUGCAUAUGAUUGCAAGCAGAAGUGGAUGCAAAGAACUGCUAAUUUGCUAGUUUGGAUAUUUUUACAAUGUAUUUUAUCCCAACAUUAAACUAUUUUCCCCCAUUACCAAAAUAAAAUAUGGUAAACA